GUUUGUACAUUUGAAAAAACCAUCUAAAAUGACUGAUUAGAACAGAGUUUUCCGGGUUGAGCUGUUGUGACAUUUUGAUCUAAAUCUCAUGCCGGCCAGUGAUUGAUUAACUCCAAAUUACGUAACUUGGAACCUUUCUAGUUUCUACUUGGCAUUCUCGUGCGAAGUUAAUCACAUAGGUGGAGCCCAUCAAAAACUAUCAGACAAGGAAGAUACAGUCCCGAGCAAAAAUCCAGAAUAGGAGUAUUUACAUGGGAUUUUAAUUGGAUUGUUUUAAGCAAUCAAAAAUUCCAAAUGUCAUAAUUAAUUAUGUAUUGUGAUUAAUAGUAUCGUUUUUUUUUUCCAUCAGGGCCAAGUCUUCCUACAUUGGGAUCUUCGAGCCGAUUCUGUAAUUUAGGCUCAUCAGAGGCGUUUUUCUCAGGUCUGGAACCAUCGCACUUGUACAUUUGAUUUGAACCAAAAGGAUCGGUAUUUGGCAAAGUCCUCCCACAACAAUGGCUCACCAAAGAUCACAUGUUCCGAAAUUCGGGAACUGGGAUGGUGACAAUGUGCCAUACACAGCCUAUUUUGAGAAUGCAAGGAAAGAAAAAGGUGGUACUAAUACUGGCCACAGGAUAAUGAACCCCAAUGAUCCAGAAGAAAAUCCAGAUGCUUUCCUGUUUUCAGCAACGCCAGAAUCAAAUCACCAAAUUGAAGGACACAGGCAACACAAGUCCAUAACUUCUGCGGAAUCCAUGAGCAGCGACAAAGGCAGCAGCUGGAACCGGCAUCAGCGCCGAAAAUCCGAAAACAAGAAGAGCAACUCUGAGAAUAAUUAUAGCAAUAGCUUUCUCCAAAAAUCUCCGUCACCUGGACACACUAGACUAAGGGGUGGAAGUGAUCUAAGCGAUGACAUGUCUUAUAAAUCGACAUCUGUGCCGAAAUUCGGAGCGUGGGAUGAAAGAGACCCAAAAUCUGCAGAAGGAUUUACUGUGAUAUUCAACAAGGUGAAGGAGGAAAAACAGAUAGCAGCUGCAAAGUUCCCAUCCGCAGUUCAGUCUCAACAAAUUGGCAACACUAAUGGAGAAGCUGAGACCCAUAAAAGGAAGCCUCGUUCAAAGAUGCGCUGCUGCCUAUUUUGAUUGCGCUCAUGUUGGCCUUUUUGGAACUGCAAACGGAACAAAGCAAGUGUUCCACCAGCAAAACCAAAAG